AUGGCCAAGUUCCUCAUCCCUUUUACGGAAUCUUCCCAUGCUGGGCAUUAUCUCUGUCUAUAUCACAAGCCUCCUAGUUGGUCAGAGGAGAGUGAUACCCUGGAGCUGGUGGUGACAGUGUUGCAAACUGGGCUGUACCAGGCAAAAUUCUCCUUGAGGAACGUGACCUUUGUCUACGGGGGCACCUACAAGUGCUAUAGUUCCGAAGAUUUAUUCCCCUACGUGUUGUCACAACCCAGUAACCCCGUGGAGCUUGUGGUUUCAGAAUUCUCUGCAAACCUCGACUCCUCACCGCAAGAGCUCAUUCCAGCAUCUGUCGGAAAGUAUGAUGGAGGCAAAUAUUACUGUUACUAUGAAACCACUUUGGGCUGGUCAGCACACAGUGACGAACUCGAGCUGGUAGUGACAGGAAUCUUUGACAAUAAACCCUGCCUAUCAGUCCUGCCCAGACCUGUGGUGACCUCAGGGGAGAACGUGACCCUCAAGUGUUUCUCACAGGAGGAAUAUGACAGGUUCAUUGUGACCAAGGAAGGAGAACAGACAGACCCCAUGAUCAUGGAGUCGCAGAAGACAUCAGCUGGGCAGUUCCAGGCCCUGUUCUCUCUGGGCCCUGUGACUCCUAGAAGUAGUGGGACAUUCAAAUGUUAUGGCUACUACAAGGCAAACCCAUACGUUUGGUCAGAACCUAGUGACCACCUGGAAAUACAAGUCUCAGCCUCAGAAAACCAGGAUCACACAGUAGAAAAUCUCAUCAGGUUGGGAAUUGCUGGCUUGGUCCUCAUAAUUCUUGGGGUUCUGCUUCUUGAGGCUUGGCAAGCCAGAAAUGGACCUACUGUGCGGCUGGGAAGUAAUCAGAAGAGAAAGAAGAACGUCGUUCAAGGUCCCAGAGUCUGA